UUUUAAAUGAAAUUCCAGGAGAGACCAUGUCCGCCGUCAUAGGCAAACUGUACUCACCUCUAAUCUCAUUUAAAACUAAUUCUCCAUGAAAUAACAGUAACACGGGGCCUCAAGGAUGGCCAACUCGGGUGCUGUUCAGGUGAAACUAGAACUUGGUCAUCGUGCCCAGGUCAGAAAGAAACCCACAGUGGAAGGCUUCACCCACGACUGGAUGGUGUUUGUCCGAGGACCAGAGCACAGCAACAUCCAGCACUUUGUGGAGAAAGUUGUUUUUCACCUGCACGAAAGCUUCCCGAAACCAAAAAGAGUGUGCAAGGAUCCACCGUACAAAGUGGAGGAGUCUGGAUACGCAGGCUUCAUCUUGCCCAUUGAAGUUUACUUCAAAAACAAGGAAGAACCGAAGAAAGUUCGCUUCGAUUACGACUUGUUCCUCCACCUGGAGGGUCACCCGCCUGUCAAUCAUCUCCGCUGUGAAAAGCUCACCUUCAACAACCCGACAGAGGAGUUUCGUAGGAAGCUACUGAAAGCCGGAGGGCAACGGGAUCCUCACAAGCGAAGUUCAGAAGACUCAAAAGUAAUGGUAAUGCAGGAGGGCUCAACCUCCCUGUUCGGCCAGCACCUCAAGCUGCCUACGCUUCCCAACAGCUCGCUCACGUCCUCCUUCUCCGACCCAAAGAAGAGCAAAAACUUCCAUGGAUCAAAGGAUGGCUCAAAAGGAAGCGGGACUACCCUCCUCACCACCGCCACAACCACCAGCACCAACAGCAGCAGCUUCUCCAAACUCCACAAACCCUCCAAGGACCACAAAGACAAGCCUCCAAAAGACUUGAAAGAGCCCAAAAGUGCCUUCAGAGACUCUGGCUGGGAACCCAGCAAAGCCCCCAAAGAACCUUCCAGGAAACCCAAAGAGAACCAGCCACUUAGAGAUAUCAAUCCUAAGAUGGGCUUCAAGGAACCCAAGUCUUUGUCCAAGGAGCAUCGGACUGAGGGAAUGACUCAUGGGUCAGGGCUAAACAAGCGUCUGUCCGCACCUGACAGUGACGAUCAUAUGACCAAAAAACGCAAAAAGGGAUUUGUGGAUUCAUCAGGAAAGCAGACUUCUGGGUUAGACACUCAACAUUUGGAUAAGAAACUCUUGAAGGAUAGAUUGCAGAUGCGGACGAGUAAGUUACGACCAGAUGGUGACGAGGCAGAGCGCAGGAAGGUGUCGACACUUCCACCAUUCCAGGAACAGGUGGAUCCCAAUGACUCUGAUAUGGAGGACCAGUCAACCAAAUCAGAUUCUGAACAGCCAAGUCCAGCCAGUUCCAGCUCCAGUUCAGGCUUCGCUCCUACACACCACAAACGGCAAGUGGUGGACUUCAUCAUCAGGAAAAGGGUGGCUAUACCGGCCACCACCCACACAGUGCUGGGCCCGCUGCAGUCGGUGAUGCAGGACCUCCACUCUGACGACAACGACGACGAUUCAGAGGACGACGAUGACAACGACGUGGACUCUGAUGUGGAUCGGCCGGCACACACGCAUCUCACACACCACCAGCGCAGGGUCAGUUUAAGCGACGGCAGUGAGAGUGACAGCUCCUCCCCCUCACCCCCGUCCCGCAACGAGGCCCCGCCCUUAUUAAAGACUACUAAUAACCAGAUACUGGAAGUGAAGAGUCCCACCAAGCAGAGCAAGCAGGACAAGAACAAAAACAUGGAUUGUGACAAGGCUUACCUGGAUGAGCUGGUGGAGCUGCACAAAAGACUAAUGACACUAAGGGAAGGUCACAUACUGCAACAGAUUGUAAACCUCAUUGAAGAGACUGGACACUUCCACAUCACAAACACUACUUUUGACUUUGACCUUUGCUCGUUGGACAGAAGUACAGUAAGGAAGCUGCAGAGUUACCUGGAAACCUCCGGACUGUCCUGAGGCCCUGAGCAGCUGGCUGCUGGAUCUCUGCCUCCACUUUGACUUUUCUCGAAUAAAUUCCAACUUUGGAUGCAAUGCAAAAGCCUCGCUGCGGCCGGGUCCAGUCGCUGUGCGUCCAGCCUGCCGGUUGGACCGUGUUCUCUGAACGGAGAGGUCGUCCCGCUGCAGAAACCAGAGCCAGGUGUCGUGGGGAUGAGCCCUGUCGAUCAGGAGAUCACCCGGAAAGCCUUGAAAACUUCACUUGAUUAAAAACAUAGUGAGGAGGGCGACCUUGUUGCUCUUAAUGAAUGUGCAUAUUGUUACCAUGUAUGUUUCUUGAUUUGUUGUUCAUUGUGACAAAUGCAUGGUCAACAUUGCCUUACAACAUUGUAAGUCUUAUUUAUUGAAUUUAAUUUGCAGGUGUGUGUGUGUUUGUAUUUGAAAUGGCAAAAAAAAAAUUCAAAAAAGGGACAAAAAAAGAAAGAAAAACUGCAGAAUGAGACUUUGUUGAAGCACUUCACAACAAGCAGAUCUUUGAAUCUGCGUGACAGACGAGCAUUUCUACAACUCCCUGUUAUACUGAUUUAAACCGAACUGAAUCAUCUCACUGGGAACAAAAAAAAAACUGCCACAGCAGGUGUUGGGUUGACAGCGAUGCAUUUCUAUUCCAGUCUGUUUUGUUCAAGCCAACGCUGUUCAUAAAUGUGGAGCUUCACAUUAUGCAAAAAAAAAAAAAAAAAAAAAACCUGCUUUCAACAGCCAAGCAGAUACAUUCCUAAAUUACAUGAGGUCAGUCUUUUUUUGUGGGAAUCCAGCUGGAGGCCAAUCAAUGAAGGGAACUGGGUUAGAUGAUUAUGAGAAGUGCUGUAUUUUCAAAAUAAAAAUUGGGUUUAGACGCCCAUCUUUUGAAAAUGAAAACUGUGUUUGUUUUAGGUUCUUAAUUAAUUUCUGUGCACUGAAAAUGUCCCAAUCAAAUACCACAAAGAUGAAAGCAGCAUUCGUAGGCUUCCUAGAUGAAAGAAUAACAAUCUGUUGUUUAAAGGUUGUUGGAAGACCUCCUAUAUGACUGAGAAACAUCUGCACACUUGGAGCAAAAAUAAAUAUUGACUUGAUGGGAAAACAUUGAAAA